UCCUCUGCGGCCUGUGGUUAUGGAUUCACACUGCUGUCCUCUACUACCACGGACAUCACCAAAGUUUGGGGCAUGGGCCUCAACAAGGAUUCCCAGCUUGGAUUUCAGAGGAGCUUGGGCGAUAGAAAUAAAGGCUACGAAUAUGUCUUGGAACCAUCUCCGAUUGCACUGCCACUGGCGAAGCCUCAACAGACUCGGGUCUUGCAGGUCUCCUGUGGGAGAGCCCAUUCCCUGAUCCUGACAGAUAGCGAAGGAGUCUUCAGCAUGGGGAACAACUCUUACGGACAGUGCGGCAGGAAAGUUAUCGAAGAUGAAACUUACAGUGAAAGCCAUGUAAUUCAUCAACUGAAGGAGUUUGAUAGCAGAGUUGUCCAGGUUGUGUGUGGGCAGGACCACAGUCUGUUUAGAACAAAGAAAGGCACAGUGUAUGCGUGUGGAUGGGGAGCUGAUGGACAAACAGGUCUUGGACACUACAAUAUCACCAGUGUUCCUACUAAGGUGCAGGGUGACAUUGCUGGAGUAAAUAUUGUCCAGGUCACUUCCUAUGGAGACUGCUGUCUGGCUGUUUCAGAUGAGGGAGAUCUCUUUGGUUGGGGAAAUUCGGAAUAUCUGCAGUUGGCAUCUGUCACGGAGACCACCCAGGUGAAUGUUCCCAGACACUUGCCAUUCAAGAUCGGGAAGAUAAAGGAAGCUGCAUGUGGAGGGACUGGCAAUGUGGCUUUAACUGAAGAAGGAAAUGUUUUUGUCUGGGGAUAUGGAAUCCUUGGGAAAGGACCAAACCUAAUAGAAACAGCAGUGCCAGAGAUGAUCCCACCCAGCCUCUUUGGCUGGUCAGACGUCAAUCCGGACAUCCGCGUCGCUCGCGUUCGCUGUGGGCUCAGCCAGUUUGCAGCGCUUACAAACAGAGGAGAACUCUUUGUAUGGGGCAAGAAUAUAAGAGGAUGUCUGGGAAUUGGAAGAAUGGAAGACCAGUAUUUCCCAUGGAGGGUGACUGUGCCCGGUGAGGUGGUGGAUGUUGCCUGUGGAGUCGAUCACAUGGUUGGCCUGGUUAAGUCUUUUACGUAGUUAAUGCUGCUGGGCACUGUGUUUAGAAGAUGUGGGAACCUGGCAAUGAGCUUCUUGGAAGGGAAGACUUUUUCAAUGGAACUGAUCAAGAAGCAACUGUGAGCAGAGGCA